CAUUUUUGUUCCUACAUAUGUUGGGCUGGUGGGCAGUCUCAUAAAUACUGUGAUAGCAAUGGUUUGGAUCCCUUUGCAGGCUAAACCAAAGUCAGACGGUCGUGUGACGGAUCAGAGUGCAUCACAGUCUGGCAGCUUGUUUAGUAUCAAAGAAAUCCAACGCCUGAUGAAGUUUCCAGGAGUGAUGGAAGUUUUCAUAGUCAAGGUCUUUGCUGGACUUCCCAUAGGUUUGUUCAUGAUGAUGUUUUCCAUCAUCUCUAUGGAUUUCUUUGGCUUGGAAGCAGUGGAGUCUGGAUACCUGAUGUCAUAUAUUGGUGUCCUUCAAAUGGUUGUUCAGGGUUUCGUUGUUGGAAAACUUGCUAAGCACUGCACAGAGAUGACCCUGCUCAGACUCAGUGUCUUCGUCUUUGCCAACGUGGGCCUAGGCAUGGCCCUGAUGAGGACCGUGUGGCACUACUGCAUCGUUGCAGUACCACUGGUGUUUGCCUUCAGCAUGCUGGCCACCAUCACUGACAGCAUCCUCACCAAGGCUGUCCCCUCCUCUGACACUG